GUUACUUCAACAACAUCACGUCAACUAGGUCAAGUUCUAUCUAUUUUCGGACGAGACGAAAGAAAAGAAAAAGCCUCGAAAAAACAAAAUUCACUCGUGAAUAUUCUAUUGAUUUUAUCAACAAAGGUGUGACGACUGUAUAACAUAACAAUUGAACUACGUGGAAAGUGCAAAAUCUGGUUAUAAGUUAUAACGAGGUGCCCCGAUUCGAUUUGUGACCCCAAAAACUUAUUAUGCCUCAUGAUUUAAAAGAGCUGGGCGUUCGGAAAGCGCUAAUGGCUCCACUCUCACCGACCCCGUGUGCUGAGAUCAGCGAUGACGAGCUGGUCUCCAUCUCCGUGCGGGACCUCAACCGGCAGCUCAAGAUGAGAGGCUUGACGAGGGAUCAGAUUGUUAGAAUGAAACAGCGUCGUAGAACGCUCAAGAACAGGGGGUACGCAGCCUCGUGCCGUAUUAAACGUAUCGAGCAGAAAGACGAGCUUGAGACUGAGAAGAGUCAGGAAUGGCAUGACAUGGAAAUGAUGCAAGAAGAAAACACGAGAAUACGCGAAGAAAUUGACGCUUUGCGCGGCAAAUAUGACGCCCUGAAACGGUUCGCCAUGAUGAAAAGCAUUCCAUUGCCGCCAGAACUUGAGAUUCUGCCGUAGUGUUCGUGUUUGUGCAUAGAUGGCGCUGUAUAUAAUAAUUAAGUAAUUAAAAUCAUUCCUUUCGCCGCAAGAACUUGAAAUUCUUCUGUAAUGUUUGCGUUUGUGGAUUGAUUGCGCUGUAUUUAAUGACUACUAUUAGUUAACCCGCGGCUUCGCCCGCGCGAAUGUCAAGCGCCACUUAUAAAAUAAUACGGGUUUAUCGAAAAUGCUACAAGAACUAUUGUUUUUACCGGGAUUACAACCGGAUAAUAUACAUAACUUCUGCCCUUUUCCAGACUUUUAAUUAUACAUACGCGAAAUUUAAAGAUUAGUUUAGUAGAUAAUACGUGAAGAGGUAAUAAACUAACAAACAAACUUACUUCCGCAUCCUUUGCCGCCCGAACUAAAAGGUUUCAGGAUUCGAUAAUAGAUGGCGCUGUUUAUUAUUAAAGUUGGGUAAAUAAUCUUGACCUUUCUUUUUUUAUAAAAAAAAAAUAAUAAUUUCUAAAUUAAUUUAUACCAAUGGAAAUAAAAUACGAAAUUAAAUAACAAAUGGUAUAAUUAAUUUCUUUUAAUACUGUAUUUUAGAUAUACAUAUUUAUAUCUUUCAACAAAAUUAGUGUUAAAAAUUUGACUUAGGUAUUUUUAAUAAAAGUUUUGCCCUCUUCAAAUCUUAAGAAUUUGUGUGUAAUUUAAGAAAAAAAAUGGUAGUUGGCGCUUACUUAAUGUAUAUUUAAACAUUAAGAAACGUCAGAAAAGUAAAUUACAUCUUGACCUGACCGAGAAUCAAAUCAGAAAUUUCUAAUUCUAAAGAAAGAAUUUUAACACUACGCCACAGAGGGGUUUACAUAAUAAAAUGUAUGUUUCAUGGAAUUUAUAAUAAACGGGUUUAUUAUAAGCAAUUAUAAGUUUAAGUAAGUAAAUAGUGUAAAUAUUUUAGUGAAAUAUAUAAUGUAUUUUUAAAUA